AUGUCGCCUCCGCCGGCGGUGGCGACGGGCGGUUCCGGAGAACCCACGGUGCCGGCGUGGCUCCGCGGCCUCCCGCGCGCCCCGGAGUACCGCCCCACGGAGUCGGAGUUCGCCGACCCCAUCGCCUUCCUCUCCCGCGUGGAGCGCGAGGCCGCAGCCUACGGCAUCUGCAAGGUCAUCCCGCCCUACCCGCGCCCCUCCCGCCGCUUCGUCUUCGCGCACAUCAACCGCUCCCUCGUCUCCUCCUCUGAAGCCGCCGCCAACCCCACCACUGCCUCCGGCUCCUCCACCACUGGUCCCUCGCUGUCGGAACCCGCCGCUGUGUUCACGACCCGUCACCAGGAGCUUGGCACGCCGCGGCGUGGGCGCCCGCCUCCGCAGGUGCUCAAGCAGGUGUGGCAGAGCGGCGAGCUGUACACGCUCGACCAGUUUGAGGCCAAGUCCCGCGCCUUCUCCAAGAUCCACCUCGCUGGGCUUCGCGAGCCAACUCCACUAGAGGUGGAAUCCCUCUUCUGGAAGGCGUCGGCAGACCGGCCUAUCUAUAUCGAGUAUGCGAAUGACGUUCCGGGCUCUGGCUUUGCCGCCCCAAAACAGUCCCGGCGGCACAAGAAGCGGAGCCGAGAGAGCGAUCAGGUGGAAGAGGGGGAGAAAGGUUCUGGGUGGCGGCUGUCUGGAGGCCCAUGGAAUCUCCAGGCGAUUGCGCGGGCUCCUGGUUCGCUCACGCGAUUCAUGCCAGAUGAUGUUCCUGGGGUUACCUCGCCAAUGGUGUACAUCGGGAUGCUCUUUAGUUGGUUUGCAUGGCAUGUAGAAGAUCAUGAGUUGCACAGUCUCAACUUCCUUCACACCGGUGCUCCCAAGACAUGGUAUGCAGUCCCUGGGGACCGAGCCUCAGAGCUAGAGGAAGUUAUCCGUGUGCAUGGAUAUGGAGGAAACCCUGACCGCCUUGCAUCGCUAGCAGUGCUUGGGGAGAAGACAACAUUGAUGUCCCCAGAUGUUCUUGUAGCCCGUGGUGUGCCCUGCUGUAGAUUAGUACAAUAUCCUGGAGAGUUUGUGGUGACAUUCCCAAGGGCCUACCACAUUGGGUUUAGUCAUGGAUUUAAUUGUGGUGAAGCUGCCAACUUUGCAACUCCGCAAUGGUUAAAAUUUGCUAAAGAGGCUGCUGUACGAAGGGCUGUGAUGAAUUAUCUUCCGAUGCUCUCUCAUCAGCAGCUUCUGUACUUGCUAGCAGUUUCUUUUAUAACCAGAACCCCGAAUGUAUUGUCUGGAAUUCGAACUUCUCGCUUGAGAGAUCGAAGAAAAGAAGAAAGAGAACUGCUGGUGAAGCAGGAAUUCUUGCAGGACAUGAUUAGCGAAAACAAGCUUUUGUGUUCUUUCCUGGAAAAGAAAUCAAUUGGUCAUGUUGUGCUCUGGGAGCCUGACUUGUUACCAUCUUCGACUUCUUUACAUUCCUGUUCUUCUGGCUCAAAAGCUCCUGAGAAGAAGUCUGAGGAUGGUUUCAGAAUUGAAUCUAGUGAGCGUGGCCCCAAAGAUAACUCUGAUGGCAGUGCACAUAUGAUAGGCGCACAAACUAAAUUUACUUCUGGGAAUAGCAAAUCAUCUGACACAUAUGCUUCCGUGGACAAGGCCAAUGCUGAUACAGAUGAUGAGGAUGACCUACCUUUUGAUUUGAGCAUUGAUUCUGGUUCAUUGACCUGUGUUGCUUGUGGAAUUCUUGGCUAUCCAUUCAUGACAAUUCUGCAGCCUACCAGAGAAGCAUUGGAAGGGAUUUCCCUUGCUCAUAUGAGUAGAUACAAGAUGAGUUCUGAAAAAGAUAAUUGUUCAAAUACAAUUCCAUGCUGUCCUGCUGACAGUAAUUUUGGAUGUUCAUUUGUUCCCAAUAGACCAUCCUGGCCUGCGGAACAGCAAUGUCUGGCUACUCCUUUGGGGCAGGCUAACAUCAGUCAUCAGAAUGUAAAUUCACAUAAAGAUGUUCGUUUAAGGGAGAAUGAACCUAAUGGGCAUGUGCUACAACAUAGCGAUAUUUCACAUUCUUGCAGAAGUGAAAAUAUUCUCCAUUCAUGUAGUGACAGGGAAAAAUCUGAGAAUAAGAUUCCUGAGAACAGUCUUGGCCCAGAAGUAAGUGAACAAGCAGGCAAAUAUGACAGUGAUGCGCAAACUGCAGAAAGUUCUGAUGGCACUAUUAACUGGAAUACAAGUUGUACAUUUGCACGGCCCUGGAUCUUUUGCCUGCAGCAUGCCCUUGAGAUUGAAAAGUUACUUGAGGGCAAAGGGGGUGUCCAUGCUCUCAUUAUUUGCCACUCAGACUUUGUCAAACUAAAAGCGCUUGCAAUAUCAAUAGCCGAGGAAAUUGAGUUCCAAUUUGAUUGUACAGACAUUCCACUUGCAAAUGCAUCCAAGUCUGAUUUACAUCUAAUCAACAUUUCAAUUGAUGACGAGGGGCAUGAGGAAGAUGGAAGAGACUGGACGUCACAGAUGGGUCUAAACCUGAAAUAUUCUGCCAAACUCAGGAAAGAGAAAUCCAAAAAUCAAGAACAAUCUCCUUUGUCAUUUGGGGGACUGUUUUCCUGCCCUUCGCCUGUUUCGGUUGUUCCUAAUCUUAAGUGGCUUUGCAAAAGAGCACGAACUCCAUACACAGUUAUUGGUAUUACUAGGAGUUCUAGUGCAACAGCAACUCCUGAGGAACUUAAGCCUGGAGUGAAGACAGGGAUAGUCACUAAUGGAAAUGUCUGUGAGGAUGACAGUAGACAGCAUACUUAUCGACAAAGUGGCCUUGAGCAACCAGGUGGACUGCAAGAUUGUGAUAAGCCUUCAUGCUCCAAGGAGAAUGACCAUGGAAGACAUUGCCUUGUUAAUAUUCCUAUUGCUGUUGCUGAAUAUCCUAUGAUGCAUCAAGUCCGUGAGGGUCCAGUUAGUGUUAGCACGUGUAAUGACUCCAUUUGUUCAUCAGGUUCCCUGGAUUCGCCUCCACUUACCUCACCAGUUGAAGUAACUAGAUAUCAAGGAUGUAUACAGUCAACUGAGUUGAGCAGUUCGCCAGCCUUUUCUGUUCAACAUUUCCUUAAUGAUGAAAGUACCUCUGUGGAAGGAAGCAUAAACUGUGUAAGCAAUGACUGCUUAGAAUCUCAGGAUGUUACUUUACGGAGCAGAGAUGAAUGUUUGCAAGUUCAACAAGAUCAAGAGAAGAUGGGGCUUCGCAACAAUCCCAACAUGACGGCAGUUGAUUCACACCUGAUAGAAGGUUUGGCUGUAUCAGAAGGAAAGCGUGGGGACACUGUGUCAGCAUCCCUUGAAAAUGAGGAGUGCUGUGCUAAGACAUCCUACUGUUCUAAUACUGGAACAAAAACUAUUAAAUCUGCAAUAGAUAAUCAAUUGGAGACUCAUGAUCUGGGUACUGGUCCAGUGAAACUAAAUUCAAGCUUUAAUGAGAUACCCAGCGCUGAUAGACAAUGCAGUUUAAUCUUCGGCUGCCUUGGUUCAGCUGAUGUUCCUGCUUCAACUCAGCCUUUGUCAGUUCCACCUGAUUUGAUGAGUGAUGAGCCGCAGGUUGAUGGCAGCCAUUCUUCUGUCAAGGCCAUUGAGCAGCAGAGCAAUAAUCCUGCUAACUUAAAGCAUGAUGAAUCUCCGCAUAUAGAUUUCUACAUCUUAGAGGACGCCCAAGUUGCUUCCAUGGCUGCAGUCCGUGGACAUGAGGGAAAAUCUGUCGACACUGGAUCAGAUACUUUCGAUAUUUUACUUGGAGCUCUGGCUGAGGAGUCCAAGGCAACAGAUGCUCCUGGUAAAGAUGAGGUUGGCAAAGCUUCCUUGACACUAAUGACACUGGCUAGCAAUGAGCCCUCUGCAGAUGAUGUUACAGAUGUCAGAGCUGUAGAGGUGGUGGAAACAGACACAACUUUGGGAGCAGCAAAAGAUGAUAAACAAGUUGAUUUGUCAGAUGUUGUGUCUAGAUGCAUCGGGAGCUCAAAUAGAACAGAUAUCAUAUGCUAUGUUAGACGCAAACACAAAAGGAAGAGGGAUUCUCAGUCAAAUACUGAUAGUUCACAAAGUCAUUCGAGUUUCGUCCGCUCUCCCUGUGAGAGCUUGAGGCCAAGGACUAAACCUGCGGUAGUUGAAGAGUCGGAAUGGAGCAGGACAGCUGAAGCUUCUUCUGCUAAAAGGGGUAAGAGGACAAAAACAGUGGGAUCAUUUCAGUGUGAUAUUGAUCUGUGUGAUAUGACAUUUGAGACUAGGGCUGAACUUAAUGCCCACAAGCGCAAUAUUUGCACUGACGAGUCAUGUGGCAAGCGUUUCAGCUCACACAAAUACUUGAAGCGUCAUCAGUGUGUCCACAGCGAGAUGAGGCCAUUUAAAUGCCCCUGGGAAGGAUGUGAAAUGACUUUCAAGUGGCUAUGGGCUCAGACUGAACAUAUCAGGGUGCACACAGGAGAGCGGCCAUAUAAGUGCUCAGCUCCUGACUGUGGGCAGACAUUCAGAUACGUCUCGGAUUACAGCCGCCACAGAAAGAAAUUUAACCAUUAUUGA